AUGGCUACUUCACGUCUAGCUAGGUUUGUGUCAGAGGUUGCUCCGCCUCAAUUCGUGACGGUGAUGAGGAGGCAUAGAGCAGCGAAGCAGAAGCUCGACACAAUCAAAGAAGAGGAGACCUAUAAAGAAGAUUGUUUCGGUGUUGGAAUGAUGAUUAGGUCUAAUAAGAUGAUGUCUAGUACUAAGAUGACAUCAUCUCAUCAUCAAGCUUGUGUUUCUUCCUCUACUUCGGUUUCUAAUUCUGGAUCUACCUCUAAGAAUUUCUUUCUCGAGGUUCGAAGCUCUUUUUCUGUCUUCGAAAACUAA